AUGCUACAUUUGCGAAACGCAUUUCGAAAGGGUGGCGCCAUAAAAUACGUAAGCGUUGUGGGAGGCAAGCACAGAGUAUGGGAGAAAGAGCUGAACAAAUUUUCCCCCAUAGGUGCAAACAGAAAAUUACACAGUACAAAUUCACCAAAUGGAGAACCACCUGAAGAUAACAACCGUGGUAACCUUAUUAUUGAAAAAAAAAAAAAAAAUAAUAAUUUCUUCAAAAGUUUGUUUGUGGCAACCUUUUUCUGUUACACUUGCUAUGAGUGUUUGCACAUUAUACAGGAUGAUGAAGUGGUGAGGGGAAAAAUAAAACAGUUUGUAGGUUUGUCUAACCUUAUAGAGUUAACGAUAAUGCCUCUCCUAAUGUACUGGGAUGGAGUAGCUAACAGUCUUAAAAGGUACCUACUCGUGAUUGUAAAAAAUGGCAAUUAUUAUUCGCUUCUUUGGUGCCGCUCAUUAAAAGGGUUUAUUUCGAAGCGUGAUGACAAUUGUAACAUGUUUGUCGGUGCGGAUGAGAAGCGGGAUUUGUCCGAGCCGCUAUCCUCGCUGAGGGGGGAGAGCAGCGCAGAUGUUGCUGGUGAGAGUCGUCAUGGAGAAUCAGGUACCAGUGUCACUGCUCCUACCGAUCCCACCGCAAUCCUCCCCGAAGACAAUUUGAAGCACACCCACAUUGCGGAGAAGCCGCCCUCUGAACUGCACUCACUUAUCGUCCUUGAUGAGGAGGUGAAUGUGGCUAAUAUAAUGCCGGACGAAUGGACCCAUUACGAGGACCUCCCCACAGAGGGGACGUUUAAGGAGACAGAAGAUGCAACUCCAGUUAUAAAAACUUCACUCAAUGGCAACAUAGAGGAGCAUUCCUCAAGUGAUGACAUAAGAGUUGUUAUCGAUCUACUCAACACAGUAAACUCAGCCGAUCGGGAAGAACAGAAAGAUGUGCUUAAUUUAUAUGAUGAGGGUAUGACCAACCGCUGCCCUAUCAAUGGGUACGACGAUAUGAGCACCGGGAGAACUGCCAUUGGGAAUACGCCCGAUGGGGAAGUGACUGCUCAUGGAGAAGACGAAGGCGGUAGCACGGAAGAUAUAUUUUUAGGUGUACAAGUGGAAGAAACGGAGGGGGAGACGCAUGAGCAUCACAACACGAAUGGAUAUAUCUGCGCAGAUGGGGAGGAUGAACAGACCCAUGAGCCGCUAACUAGCGAAGUGCAGGAACCGCCCCUAGACAGCAACGUCGAGGAAAGCCAAGACUUAUUUCCAUAUCAAGUGGUGACUGUCACGAAAAAGACGCACGAUGCGGAGAACAAAGAGGAUUGUUACAUUAAUACGCAAAGGGAAAACGCGCAAACCUUGGUAGAUGGGAAGGAACUAUGCAGAGAAGGGCAAGAAAGGGAUGGCGGCGCAGAGAAAGUAAAUACGUACAAGACACAUGCGUACAAUUUGCUGCAACGUGAUCCCCACCCCGUGCAAGAAAAACACACAACUGAGGGACGCGAAUCGGGGGCAGAGACAAAGGGGAGUGAUAAUUGUUACGAUGAUGACAAUCCUAACGCACCCCAGAGGAAUCCCCCAAGUGACAAACACAUCAAAACAGUAAUAACAGAGGGGCAAUCGGAGAUCCCAUUGAACGAUAGGGAUAUAAAAGGCAUUGUAAAAAGUGAAGUCCAAAAAUUUGAAGGCCAAAUUAAAGAGCUGUCGAAGGAAGAGCUACAGGACAAAAUAAUCACCAUGUUCCUAAACGAGUUGCUAAGAAGAAAAUACAAAGACAUAUUGAUGGAGGAAGAAAAGGAAGCACUGAAGAGGGUUCUAACGGUUAAGUAUAAUGAAAUAUAUUUGAAGGAAAAAAAGAAAAUGAAAAAAAAAUUACAAAAAUGUAUUAGGAAGAAAUUGAAAAAGGAAGAAAUGCUACUGAAGGAGAAUUAUGAAAAUGAAAAGGAAAUUUUCUCAUGCUUAAUGAGAAAUCAAAAAAAGGAAGAGGUGAAAAUAGAAAAAAAUAAAAUACAAGAUGAAUUAAACAAAGUAAGGGAAAGCUACCUCAGCAAAAUAAAUACCUAUGCAUGUGACGUUGAUGCUAUGAAGGACAAUGACUUUAGGCAGAAAGUCAUAAUGGAGAAACUAGAGGCUAUAAACGAUAUUCAAAAUAAAAUUGUCUAUUUGCAGAACUGCAUUAUUCAAGAUUUAUCCAUUGAAUCUAUUUUAACAGAUUUGAAGAGGCACUUAAAAAAAGAUCCUUUCCUGGACACCGUAUUCGGUACCUUGCCGGAUAAUUUUUUUUCGCAUAUGUUCAAACCGACAUGGAAUAACAUAGAAAAAAUGAAAAAAGAAUUUUACAUUUUAUACAAAGAAGGGGUGAAAGAAGCUUUCCUACAACAUAAUGAGAAUUAUUUGUUAAGAACAAUCAUAGGUAGGGUUGCUUCUUUUUUGUACUUAAAUUAUGAACAGAAAAUGGCCAUCUUUUUGCAUCGGGCAUUGAAGGAUGAUUCUGCUUUAAAGUCUAACUUGGUACAUUUAUCUUACGCCUUAAGCAGCAUGCAACAGAACCAGUUUGUCGAUGCACUGCGCUAUAUUGAUGAGCUCACUGGCAGCUGCAAAAAUACAUUUGUGCCCUUCAGCGAACACGUCAAAAAUGUGGUUCUGUUCAGAUACUACUUGCGGCUGGCUGUGUCCAGGUUGAUGCUGGUCAGCAAGACUUUGCGCCUGGCGGAGUAG